UACCGAUAACUCUAUGGGAAUCUGCAUUCCUUCUUUCGUAUGCAUCAACAAUUUGAAAUAAAACCACCGGGUGGACUUUCACUUGCAAGUUUAGUGCCAUGUUGAUAAUUAACGAAAGAACAAACAGCGCUGGCGCAGAAAUGAAAAUAUGUCAAACGUCAGAGUAGCCAACAUUGCGGCGUUAGAUGUUUCUAAGGACCGUUCAAAUACCGGAAUUUCUGUAUUUUAUUUCUCAAUUUAUAAAUCGAAAUACUUAAUGAUUCGAGAUAAUUCCUUCACUAACGAGUUUUGUGAGGAAUGAGGUUUUAUCCUGUAUGCUAUAUAAUAGAUAAAACCAAGAAAUUUUAUGUAAAUUUCGUGGAAUCAUGAUCGGGUUUUGCUGUUCAUGGCUUCUACCAAAAUGGUUUCGCGGCGAGUCGUUAGAGGUGAAUAUGCGUUGUUUUGGUAUAUCUAUAUCCGCAAUGCAGGCGUGCCUGUAUAUUACGAGUUAAAAGUGAGUGCGGCCGAGAUAUUUCUGGAAAAAACAUAGCUCAACAACAAGGAGGAAAGUUGCGGUUGCCGAAAUGGAAAAUACCAGCAGUGAAGAUAGUUCAUCAGAUUACAGCACUGAAAGUUCUGAAGAUGAUGGUAUGGAAAUAGCUCAAAUAGGUAAUAAUAAACUUCAAUUACCCCAGGGAUUAUGCGAGAGACAAGACAUAUUUAAGGAAAUACUUUCAACUGAGACCUGGAACUCACUUUCUGAGGAAAAUAGACAACAUCUACAAACUUUCUUACCUAAUUUUCCUGAAGAUGAUGAACUGGAAAAAACAAAAACGUUACAGAGGUUAUUUGACUUUGACAUCUUUAAGUUUACAAGUCCUGUAGUUAAAUUUCAUGAUGAGCUAAAAGCUGGUUACUUUAGACCAGAUAUAGCGCGCAUGAGGAAGGUUAUAAAGAAGGCUGAAAAAAACGAAGCUAAAUACAGGUACAAAAUAUUUAGAAAGCAGCUAAAAGAUGAAAUUGUAGAAUCUCAAACCAAGCUUUUAUCUCAAGUAAGAAAUCUACCUCCUGGUGUGGAACCAAAACAAGAAAAAAGAAAGAAUAAUGUAGAUUAUGUUUCUUAUAGAACAAAAAGGCGUUACUUUCAAAUAUUACAGUCAAUAAAGUUAAAAACUGAUGACACAGGAUGUUCUUCAGAUGAGAACUACCCAGAGGGACCACCAUCUUCAUUAUCUAGAAAACAAAAGAGACAUCUUAAUAGUAUUAGAAAUAGUUUAAACAAUUCUAAAGAACAAUUCUAUGGUUCGAGUAUGGUCGCGAAAUUAAACAGUUUCCCUAUAGAUUUAGAACAACACAUCACAGCUAAUUAUAAUCCUUUUUACAUAAAUGAUGAAUCUUAUAAACAUAUGAUGUAUGAUCACAAAAGAAGAAAGUUAGAACAGACAGAUAAUAUUGAGUUAAACACCAAAGGUUUAACAAUUAGUGAAAUUAUAAAUAGAACCCAACUGCCUUAUAAUAAAAACAUGCCACUAGUUACCAAACACCAAGUAGAAUCUAAAUCAUUAACAAAAAAGAAAAUCAAAAAGGAGCAUCAUAGGAAAUUCUCAGAAAAUAUAUUUAGUAAUAAGAUUAAAGUGAAUUAUCAUAGUUCUAAUUCAGAUUCUGAUUCAGACACAUUUGUGGAUUGCAUGUCAAGUAGUGCAUCGAAAUCGCGAAAUAAAUUGAACAAAUUACAUUUAAAUAGAAGGACGCCGCCGAAAGUUAAAGUUGAAAUUAAAAAGGAAAUUUUAACUCCUCCUUUGGCCACUUUUUCUAAUGUAUCCCCUCAGAUAAAUCCUAGUAGUUCAAAUAAUGUAUCGAAUAUUUUUCAACCUAUUAACAGUAUUAGUCAGUAUGGUAAAAUUACGCCGGCUUGCGUGGAAGAUUUGGAUGGAAUUGAUGUUAUGAAUAUCCCUAUUGAUUUGGAUAAUUCUGACAUUGAUAUAUUGGAGUUAAGCAAUAAACCGGAAUUGAUGCAGGACACUCAUGCUAACUUCUUUUCUUUGAUAAGGGAUGUGAUUUGUUCUACCUGUGAUCAUAGAAUGAGCAUGUAUACAUUACAAGAGCGGGAUGUGAUUUGUUCUACCUGUGAUCAUAGAAUGAGCAUGUAUACAUUACAAGAGCGUUUAAAAGCAUGGCAAGAAAACCCCAUCAGCCCCCUAAACGAUUGGUACAGUUUCACGGACAACUGGAUAGGAAUUCUUCCAUCGGCAAUAACGUUUUUAUGCGGCAAUGCAUCAGAACAACCGGACGAUUUUGUACCUUACAUGGAAUACAAAGUCAAUUUGGACGUAUAUCAAUGGAUAGGUGCCGGGAGAGACUCGGACGCUUUACUGAGUUCUUUGUGCAAUUUUUGGCUGGAACACAAGUCCGAAACGAAGGACUUGUCGCCCGGCAAGGACGAUUUAGAUGUAGAUAUUACGGAUAGGUCUAGUAGUCCGCCGCCGCCCAGAUUUCCUACUACGUGGACGGUGCGGAAGGCUACGGCCGAGGAGAUUAAAGAUUUUCGCGAGCAGGAGAGAAGAAGGUACGAUAAUCCCCAUAAGGCGUUUACGUACCGAUGUAACGGUUACGAAUCGGUCGUGGGCCCCAUCAAAGGCAUCUACAACCCAGCGGUGGGUAACAGCAAAGCGCGAGGCCACACGAUGCUUUCCGCUGACAGACCGAACUUCGUCACCAUUCUGUCUUUAGUUCGCGACGCCGCCGCUAGAUUACCGAACGGAGAAGGCACCAGAGCCGAAAUCUGCGAAUUGUUGAAAUCAUCUCAAUACAUAUCGAGCACGGCGCCAGAUAAUGUCUUGCAAUCGGUGGUGUCUGGCGCUUUGGACAGGAUGCACACGCAAUGGGAUCCGUGCGUUAAGUACGAUCCCAAAAAGAAAAUAUGGAUUUAUUUGCAUCGGAACAGAACUGAAGAGGAUUUCGAAAGAAUACAUCAACAAUAUCAGGGAAUAAACAAAUCGAAGAAAACCGCUCACAAGAAAGCCCCUUCGAAGCCCAAACAAAAGCAAUCGCCGGAAAAAGCGGUUAAAACGAUUAAAAGCGAACCAACAACCACCGCUCCACCUCCCACCCCUAUCCAACCUCCUCCGUUACAAGAAACUACGGUAAAAACGAUACGCAGAGCCAGCGUUACUCAACCGGCACCUUUACCCGUUCAGACUACAGUCAAAACGACAGUUCAAAUUCCCCAAAACCCGCCCACGCCCGCUCAAAUUCCAGUUCAGCAUCCCGUUCAAAUCCCCCCGCCAUUACCUAGCUUGAUAACCGUAUCGGCGCCUCAGAAGGGAACGAGUUUGUUGCUGAGCAACAAUUUACCCAAGCAACAAACGCAGGAUGCCGCACUGCCCGCCAAGGCUGUGAUAUCCGACGAACCGCCGCCGCUGGCCGCUGCUUCGAAUGUCGGUUUGAAGCAGCAGCUGCAGCAUCACAAGGACGACAAGGAGAUCGGCAAAAGUUUCCAGACGAUCAUCCAAAAUCGGGUGGCCAGUCCUACUUUGAAAAGCGGCAAGAGUCUCGUCAAAAUCCUAUCUCCGUCCCAAGGCAAAUCUCUGAUCAUACCAACGACUAACGCGCAACUGAUAAAGCAAAUCCAAGAACAACAAAGCGCCACCGGUAAACAAAUGGGUCAAGUCGUCACCCAACAGCUACUGCAAACGCUAGCCGCGCAGCAGAAGCAAAUCCUCGUUCAAAAACACAGUCCCACUGAAGGCGAAAUAUCCCACGAGAAAAUAAAAACGUCAAACAACAUGCAACAACAAAUUUUGCAGCUACAGAACAUCAAAAACGUGACCUUACUGAGAGCAUCGCCAACCGGAAACGUCGGUUUGACUCCGUUAACCUCAGUUUCCGGCGAUUCCCCCGGAGAACAAACGAAUAUAGUAACGGUGGCCGUAUCUAAAUCGGAUCAACUGGUCGGUCAACCCGGCGUCCAAAUUAAAACUCAAGGAAAUCUGACGCAGGCCCAGCAACAACAGAUCCUGCAGACCAUCAAGCAAAAGAUCCUGCCCAACGCCAGCUUGCUGGCCAAUCCGCAGCAGAUCAUUUUGAAGCAGAAGAGCGGGGUCAUUAACGUACAGAAGUCCGGCGGUACGCAGAUUGUCGGCCAUCAUCAAAAAAUGAAUCACGAUGUAAAAUCAGUUGGCUCCUCUCAAGGACCCGUCGUAGCCAAAGUUUUGACCAACGCCGCAGGACAGGUCAUCUCCGUGGAAAGUUUACUCCCUCAACAGAAACAAACCAGCGUUUUAUCGCAAGGUACCACUUUGCGAGUAGCAGGUUCCAAAUCGGGUCAACAGAACCUCAUCCACCUGACUGGUACUUCCAAAUCCAACACCAUCACGCAAUUAACAGUAGGAUCGCAAAACAACAUCCUCACAUUAACGACUCAACCGAAAUUAGUGGUGGCAUCGCAAACCACUACCGUUACAUCAUCAACAACCAAAUCAACUUCGAGAUCGAUGAACAAAACUCAGACAUUAACGAAAGUCAACUCUAAGGGCAACCAACACUUGUUGAACGCGAAAUUGGUGCAAAGUUUGGACCAUAAAUCGAUGCAAGCGAAGCUGUUGGUCGGGCAACAGAAUCAGUUGAAAUUGGCGCAGGGUAAGAAUUCGCCGCAUUCGAAGAAUCUCACUUUGAACGUCGCCGGUAAUACGAACACUAUACGAAUGGUGAACGCGGCUAAUUUGAACCUCAGCCACUUGGGUGGUAAACCUAUACUGUUGGCUAGUAGUAAAGGGGGCACCAUACAGAAUAUACAAGGACAGAAUGUGAUUUUGCAGACGCAGAGUGGAGGUGGGGCGCCUUCUUUGGUGUUGCAGAACGCUGUUAAAGGUUCCGGUAAUAAUAUCGGACAGUCGGGAUCUAAUAAUAUUAAUAUUAUUAAUCAGCAGAAUAUAGUUUUUAGUCCGCAAAUGAAAGUACAAUCGCCGCAACAAGUGAUGUUCACGUCUAAAGGCGGCCAGGCCACCCACCAAUCGAUAUCUCAGGGACAAAUCAUGAUCGGAGGACACCCGGUGCGUUUGCACACCAGCAACGCGACCAGCACGCAACGGGUGGUGCUGGCCUCGCAAGGACAAGGCGGACAAAUAGUGGCGCAGCAAAUUCUCCUACCCGCAGGGUUUCAAGGCACUGCCAUUAAUAUUAAGGCGUUACAGGGUGUCAAGGUGAUACCCAUUGCUCAAGCGACUGGUCAAGGCAAAGGGCUGCAAAGUCGCCAAGUGUUGGCCCACGUCGUGACGCCGAACGCUGUAAAGGCGACCAAUCAAACGGCUGCUAUGUCAGAAAAGAUAACGGAAGUGACGCUGCCGUCCCAAGACGGCGAGUGAUGUUAGCAUACUAAUUUAAAUUUGUACAUAUUGUUGAUAACUAAAUUAUUAUUGUAGAUUUAGAUUAGUAAAAAGUGAGUAGAAUGACAGCAGUUGUACAUUAUUUGAUAGUGUUUCAUCGGAAGAAAUGUAUAUAUUAUAAAAAAUAAUUGAUAAUGAUGUGUAAAUAUGAAUUUUAAGUCUUUUUUUAUUACGUUAUUUAUAUGUAUGAAUUAACAAAGUGAACUUUUUAUAUAUAAAAAAAAUGAA